AGUGCAAAACAACCAUGGCUGCUGCAGGAAAACUCUUUUCGGGUCGGUUCCAGUUGUUGAAAUCUUUGAACCACCAUAGCUCUGCAAAGUUUUCCACUGGCCGUCACUUAUGUGCACAAAAAAGUUAUGAGUUGUUGAUAGUGGGCGGCGGGACGGGCGGAACGGUGAUUGCUAACAAAUUCGCCCCGAAACUUGGAUCUGGUAAAGUUGCAGUUAUUGAACCCAGUGAUACACACUACUACCAGCCAAUGUGGACACUGGUAGGUGGAGGGAUAAAGACACUGGAAGACAGCAGUCGGCCAACCAAGAAUGUGCUACCAAAGCAAUGUGACUGGAUUAAACAGAAAGCAGCAUCCUUUGACCCACAUAAGUGCACUGUAACUACAGACAAUGGAGAUGAGAUAAAAUAUCAAUAUUUGGUUGUGGCCAUGGGAAUACAGCUCAACUAUAAUAAAAUAAAAGGCCUCCCUGAAGCUUUUGAUGAAGAUCCCAUGCUGACCUCCAACUACAGCACGGAUUAUGUAACCAAGACCUACAAAGCCCUGAAUGAGUUCCAGGCAGGCAAUGCCAUUUUCACCUUCCCAAACACACCCAUCAAAUGUGCAGGUGCUCCACAAAAGAUAAUGUAUCUGGCAGAAGAGAGGUUUAGACAGAGAGGUGUUCGAGACAAAGCAACUGUGAUGUUCAACACAUCAUUGGGUGUGAUUUUUGGUGUUAAGAAAUAUGCUGAUGCCUUGUUGAAAGUUAUCGAAAAAAGAGAUAUCAAAGUGAAUUACAAGAAGAAUUUGAUUGAAGUUCGCCCGGGUAAAAAAGAAGCUGUAUUUGAAAAUUUGGACAGCACCACAGGUCUAGGGGAGACACAAACUGUCCAAUAUUCAUUCAUGCACAUCACGCCACCCAUGUCAGCGCCAGAUGUUCUGCGUAAUAGUCCCCUAGUGGAUCAAUCAGGCUUUGUGAAUGUCAAUAAGAAUACACUACAGCAUGUGGAAUUUUCUAAUGUCUUUGGUAUAGGGGACUGUACCAAUGUCCCCACAUCAAAGACAGCAGCAGCAAUCUCUGGGCAGUGUGGCGUCCUUAGAAAAAACUUAUGGGAGGUCAUGCAGGGCAGAGAGCCAGAGAAAGAGUAUAAUGGCUACACCUCCUGUCCUCUUAUUACUGGGUACAAGUCCUGUAUCCUGGCAGAGUUUGACUUUGCUGGCAAUCCUCUGGAGACCUUCCCAAUCAAUCAGGGGGUGGAAAGACGUUCCAUGUUCCACAUGAAGAAAGAUGUCAUGCCACAGAUGUACUGGAAGUUUUUGCUGAAUGGAUACUGGGAAGGACCAGACAUUCCAAGAAAAAUUAUGCACUUGGGGCUCAGCCAGUAAAAAGAGAAAUAAGAAGAUAUGUCCAAAGCACAAUAUCUAGUUUUAAACAUUUUAGUUCAUUGAAUAGUGUGACACAUAUCAAGUGGUUUCAUGGUUAGCUUAUAUUACUUCUAUUUUUCUAUAUGGUUAUCAUAUCAACUACAGUAAUUCUAUGCAUUGGAUUGAAAAAGGAAAGGUGAUAUUUUAUAAUUAUGAUUUCAUAUCAGGCCAUUGUGAUUGGAAACAUUUGGCAGCAGUAGUAAGUCAAGUUUAUCUUAAGCUACUAUGCAUUGGAAGUGUUAAUUAAUUUGAUUUAAUCAGCAGUAGCAGUUUAUCCUUCAUAUCGAUUGCUGUGUGAAUUAAUUUUUAUAUGUGGUAAUGAAUGCAGUAUUAAACACAAAUUAAAAGAAUGGCAAUGACCAUUAAACCUUUGAUGAAGCAAUGAUGUGACACAAUUUAUGAAAUGUAAGGAUGCUGGAAACCAGUGUCAGAAACUUAACGUUUACUGCUUCAUGCAAUUAAAGCAAACCAGCAGACCCAGUAUGCCCCACUGAUGUUGGUCAAAACAUAUAAAACAAAUUUUCUCAGGUUCACUCAGCAGUUUUGCCAAAUAGGUCUUAUAUUAUUAUUUAUAUAUUAUUAUUUUUCAGUGUAGACCUAGCACAACGCACAGUUUAUUUCAGCAUUAUGUUUUCACAAAGAAGCCAAAGGAGAGAACAGCAUUACAUACCAAGAAAGCAGCACAAAGCACUUGAAAAGCAUUGGGUUUCCAGGUUGAAUUUUUUCUUUUACAAGUUCAGUUUAUGUUACCUUAUCAGAACACUGUUAUUGUUAUCUUGUGUGUUUAGUUUGAAGAAAUUCCAAAAGCAGUGGACUGCAUUUUUCAAAAGCUUUAUCAGAACACUGUUAUUGUUAUCUUGUGCGUUUAGUUUGAAGAAGUGCCAAAAGCAGUGGGCUGCAUUUUUUUUU